AUGAACCGCUCCUUCCUCGGCGUACAGUGGCUGCCGUCGCAAGUCGCUUGCGUCAACCCUCUGCUCAUCCUCCUCCUCGUCCCCGCGUUCAACGGCUUUGUGCUGCCGCAGGGCGGACGCCGCGUGCCCGGCUUGUAUGACCUCGCGGGCAGCGUCGUGCGCGUGACGCCGCUGCGCAAGAUCUCGGCCGGCCUCUUCCUCCUCGCCGCCUCCUUCCUGCUGCCGCUCCACGCGCCGAGCAUCGGGCUGCAGCUGCUCGCGUACCUCGUCCUCACCUCGGCCGAGGUGCUCGUCUCGGUGACCGGCCUCGAGUUCGCUUACACGCAGGCGCCCACCAAGAUGAAGUCGGCGGUGAUGGCCCUCUUCCUCGCCUCGACCGCACUGGGCAACCUCUUCACCGCCCUCGUCAACUUGCUCAUCACCAACGCCGACGGCUCCACCGCCACGUCCGACGUCGCCUACUUUUGCUUCUUCGUGGCUCUCAUGUUUGUGGUCGCCGUUGCCUUUGUGCCGUUCGCCUACACCUUUCGAGAGCAGACCUUCGUGCAGGGCGGCGAGGACGACCCGCGGCCGCACGAGGUCGAGACGGCGGCGGCGGUCGGCCAGCCGCAGCAGCAGUGGCGCGCGGGCGGCGCGCCGUGCAGCAGAGGAGUGAAGCAUGUGGACUCAGUGUCCAGUUGA